AUGCCUGACCACACCUCCACCUCCACCCCGAGCGUCAGCUCGCGGUCGAAAUGGAAGGACUUUGUAGCAUCCAUUGCCACCAUCCGCGGCGAUCUAUCAACCAUCACCGCACCGCCGUUCGUGCUCGACACGAAAUCGGCAGUCGAGCUCCCCGCGUACUGGGCCGAAAGGCCCUCCGUGUUCAUCGCUCCAGCUUCGUCGGACGAUCCGGCCGAACGCGCCGUGCUGGUGGCGAGAUGGUUCCUCUCCGCCCUCCGCAACCAGCAGUAUACGGGCCGCCCGGCCCACGACGGCGUCAAGAAACCCCUCAAUGCCUUCCUGGGCGAAGUGUUUUUGGCCACUUGGUCCGAUCAUGGCGCCACUGGAACCGGCACCGGCACUACGAGGCUGGUGAGCGAGCAGGUCAGUCAUCACCCACCAGUGACGGCAUGUCGCGUAUGGAACGAAGACCACGGAGUGUCGGCCGAGGGCUACACCCGUCAGGAAAUCGGUUUUAGCGGGGGCAGUAUGACCAUUCGCCAACUGGGUCACGCCACGCUCCACCUCGCCCGACACGACGAGACAUACCUGAUCCCAUUACCCAACGUCAAGGUCAAGGGCAUCUUGACCGGCAGCCUGUACCCAGAACUGCAGGGGACGUACCACAUCCCGAGCACGAGCGGGUAUAUGUCGACGAUCGAGUUUGGCGGGAAAGGCUGGUUGACCGGGUGGGACGACAAGAAACACGGCUUCGAGGCCAAGGUAUACCGCGACGACGACCAGGAUCAAACGCCCUUGUACACCGUCAGUGGCCACUGGGACAGGUCGUUCAGCAUCCACGAUGCGCGAAAAGGAGUCCAUGUCGAAACAUUUGACGUUCGAUCUUCCACCACCACCCCGCUCACGGUCGACCCUCUUCCCGACCAGGAUCCAUGGGAAUCGCGGGUUGCGUGGCGCGGAGUUCGAGAGGCCCUGGAACGAGGAGACAUGCAAGGCGCUGCGGAUGCCAAGUCAAGACUCGAGAGCGGCCAGCGAGAGAUGCGGAAACGGGAUCGCGAUGGACACGACUGGCACAGCCUGUUUUAUGAGGUGGGGUCUCACCCCGAUCCCGUCGCUGCUGAGUUGGCUCGCAAGAUCGGCCGCACGCUCCGACCGGCAGAGACAAUGGGCGCCUGGACCUUCAGACUCAAAGACUGGCAGGAGGGGAAAUUCAAGAAACCUUACCACGGAGGCUUGAGGCCUGCCGAUAUGUGUGAGUCCGCAAAUGGUGGCGGCGGCAACCAGGCCAGAAGGACCGAAACGACCAAACCUAGCCUAUCACCGUCAACAGGGACAGGGACAGGGACUAGCAGUGGCCUAGCAGCUAUAAUCAGACAACCCGAACCUGAACGCAGCUGGAAAGCCAAGCCAACCAUGUCGGGUCUCGAAGCACAUCAGACGGAUGCAGAUACACAAGCCGGCAAAGUUGAAGCAACCGUGGUGGCCAAAGCUAGAAAAGGCUCCAGUCCCAGUGAUAUCGGCGACAGUACCAUGACAGGUAAAGAAAAAAUCCAAGGCGAAAGGUUCCUGAGGGACAUAUACUCGACUUGUUAA